AUGCUUAGUAAAUAUCAACGAAUUUGCUGUAAUAAUGGAUUAAGAGCUAUAUGUAUUAUAAAUAAAUAUAUAAUAUGUGUUUCCUUAGGAAAUAUUAUAAAGAUAAUAAAUGUAAGAAAUAUAAAUAUCUUAGUAGAUUGUGUAGUAUCUAGUAGUAGUCAUAUAUAUGGAUUCUGUUAUAAAAAAGAAAGUGAUAAAAAAUAUGGUUUGUUAAUAGCUCAUGGAGUACAUAAAAUAUAUAUUUUUAAAUUAUAUAUUGAUUCAACAAAUGAAAAAGGUUCAUUAAAGUUAUUAAAAAAAUAUUGCACAAAUAAAUGGAUUUUAAAAACAGCUUUUUUAAAAAGAGAAAAUGAUAUAAUUCUUUCAAAUUUUAUGUGUAUUACUUAUGAGAAUGAUAAAAAUGAAAAGAGACAUAUGAAUAAAAUAACUAAUAUAUCAAAUAAAUAUUCAAAAAAAAAAAUAAAAAACAUUCUUAUAAUAUCUUUAAGUAACGGAAGUAUUUUAUUCCUAGAUAUAUAUAAAGGUAUGAGUUCAUUGAAAUAUAAAUUUAUAGGUAUAUAUUUAUUAUAUAGUUCUGAUAUAUUUAUAAAAGAGAAAAAAAAAAGUUACAACAUAUAUGUGGUAGGAGGUACUCCAUUUAAUAAAAUAUUAUUGUGGUCAUUUGAAAUUAAUAAAAAAGAUAUUAGAAAAUACUGGUGUCAUGAAAUAAAUAAAAAUAAUAAGAUAAAUAAUAAUAAAAUUAUUAUACAAAUAAAACAUUUUGAAGAAUUAUGUGGACAUCGAGGUAUCAUUUUUAAAGUGAAAUUUUUUAAAAACACAAAAUAUAUCUGUUCAGUUUCUGAUGAUAGAGAAGGGCGUAUAUGGUAUAGGAUUAAAAAUAUAGAACAUAUUAAUAAAACAAAUAAAAUGAUAGAAAAAAAUAGAUAUAUGAUAGAUGAACCCAUUCAUUAUUAUAAUAAUUAUUAUACAUGCAUAAAAAUAUUAACAGGUCAUAAUGCUAGAAUAUGGGAUAUAGAUAUAGGCAAAUUCAAAAAAAAAUUAUUCUUUUUUACAUGUAGUGAAGAUUGUAUGUGUAAUGUUUAUUUUAAAAAUGAAAAUAAAUUUUUUAAAUAUUCAAAUAAUAAUUCUUCUACAAUCAGAUGUAUAUUAUAUCAUCCAUAUAUGAAUUUAAUUAUAUCGGGUUCUGACAAUGGUACCUUGCAUAUUAAACCCAUCAGCUCCUUUUUUUUGGAGAAACAAAAUGUUUCAGACGAACUAAAAAAACAAAAUAAAAUAAAUAAACAUGAACCUAAUAAAAAUAAUGAUAAUAUUUUUGUAGGGGAUCAUAUAUCAAAUAGAAUAUGUUAUAAUAAUACCAUGAUUGAAGAUAAAAAUUAUGAUAAAAAUAAAGAUGUUUAUAAUUCUUCUACAUCAAUAAAUAUGUAUGAAGAAAAUAUUAUAAAAGAAAACACUUGCAUGGAAUAUAAAAAGAAUAAUGAUAUACAAAAAAACGAUAUCAUCCAUUUUUUUGUAGAUGAAUUAAAUAAUAUUAUGAAAAAGAAAAAUGACUGGAUAAGAUCUGUAGAUCAUGCAAAUUUAUAUGAUGUAAUUAUUUGCACAAAUUUUGGAAGUAUAUAUAUUUUAAAAACAAAGGAAAAAAAUAAAAAGUUAUUUUUAAUAUAUGAAGAAGAACGACAGAAUUAUUUAUUGACAUGUUUAACUUUUUUUGGAACUCAAUGUAUAUGUUUAGGAUAUAGUAAUGGUUAUUGUUGUUUUGUUAUUUUAAAAGAGGAUUAUGAUACUUAUACAAAUUGUGAGAAUGAAAAUAAUAUAAUAUUUAAUAAUAUAAAAUAUAAUAAAGAUAUAAAAGAUAAAGGAAAGGAUAUUAUAUUUUAUGAAUCUCAAUUUAUAUUUGAUGAGAAGAAAAAUUUACAAUCAACAUAUUUCCAAUGUUUUAAUCAUCGUAUAAGCGAAAUGUUAUUAAUACCAUUAUCAUGUGUUAGUUAUGAUCAUAUCAUUGAUAAUGUUUCUACAAAUGGGGUGACAGAAUAUAUUGAUAAUGUCUUGUAUUUGCGUAUGCGACAAAGUAAACAAAAUAAAGAAGAAAAGGUAAUCAUAAAAGAAAAAAUAAAAAAUAAUAAUAAUAAAAAUAAUAUUAGUCGUAGUAAUAGUAGUUGUAGUAGUAAUAGUAAUAGUCGUUGUAGUAGUAAUCGUAAUAGUCGUUGUAGUAGUAAUCGUAAUAGUCGUUGUAGUAGUAAUAGUAAUAGUUGUUGUAGUAGUAAUCGUUCAUAUGAACAAAAUUCACUAAAGGUAGAAAGAGAUUUGCAUCAGCCUUCCAAUUUGUUUUUUCAAAUUAUAUAUAAUCAUAAUAUAUCAUAUAUAAAUCAUAUAUCUUACACACACAGAGAACAACAAAAAAAGAAAUUAGAUGAUUCCUCUGAAAUAAUACCUCUAUCAUUUGUUCUACCUAUAAAUAUAUUUUUAUUGGUGAACUUUGAUCAUACAGGAAGUAUAAAAAUUUUUAAUAUCGAAAUUUAUAAAAAUAAAAAUGUAGAAAUUCAAAAAAUGUGCGAUACAAUUAUUGACGUAAAAAAUAAGAAAUCAAAAAUAAUAUGUGUUAAUUAUGUUUUAAGACAGAAAAAAAUAAAAAUGAACAAAAAAAAUUUUAAAGAAAUAAAUAAUAUAAAUAAUGUACAUCAAAAAAUAGGUAUCUUAUUAUUUGUAGGAGAUGAAUAUGGAUGUAUUUUUAUACUUUAUAUUAAAAUACCUAUACAUAUAGAUGAAAAUAAUAAAAUUAUAUAUGAUUUUAAUAAAGCUUGUAUUAAGUCCAAAGAAAAAUUACGUGUUCAUAAUAAUAGAAAAGUAUUCGAUAUAAAAAUUAUUGAUCAUUGUAUAUAUUCAUGUGGUCAAAAUGGUAAUAUACUUAAAUAUGAAUUAUAUAAAGAUGAAAGUAAAAUAUAUUCUUUAUAUAAAUUAUGUUUAAUUAAAAUACCUUAUUAUUCUUCCAUAUAUAAAAUAUUACCUACUAUUUAUGAUAUAAAAAGUUAUACACAUCAUACAAAGCUUUAUUGGAAUACCUUCACAAAGAAAGAGCAUCACAACAACAGCAAUGAUAAUAUUAACCUAAUUGACAAUAAUAAUAAGGAUAACUGUAAUAAUAAGUGUAAUAAUAAGUGUAAUAAUAAUUGUAAUAAUAAGUGUAAUAAUAACUUUUAUAAUAAUUGUAAUAAUAAUUGUAAUAAUAAUUGUAAUAAUAAUUGUAAUUAUAAUAUUUAUGGUGUUCAUCAUAAUUUAUUUACCCUUAUGUAUGAAGAUCAAAAAAAAAUAAAUAACAUGCACCACGAUAAUAUCUUCAUUUGCUGUUUCAAAGAAAAAAAAUUUGUCUUAUACAAUAUGAAAAAUAAAACAGAAUAUUUAUCUGUUGAAUGUGGUGGGUUUAGAAGACCAUUAAGUGUAUAUAUGAAAGGUCUUUCAAAUUCCUCUUUAACCUUUUCUUUAUGUUAUUGUAAAGAAAAGAAUAUAUUUUUUUAUUUUAAAAAUAUUAAUAACAAAACAAAUAAUAUAAUACCAUAUGAACAAACAUAUUAUAAUUCUGAUUUUCAUACAAAAAAUGUUUCUUGUCUUUUAUGGUUUGAUCAAAAUUAUUUUUGUACAUGCUCAGAGGAUGGCGUCAUCAAAUUAAUGUAUAUAAGUAAGAAGAAAAAGAUAAGCAACAUAGAACAUAUAGAAAAAAAAAAUAAAAAUAAUAAAAAAAACAAACAUGUAAACGUCAAUAAUUUGAAGAAUAUAAAAAAGGAUAAUACAUUUAAACAUAAUAAUAAUAUAGCAUCCACGUUUAAUAACUAUAAUUACAAUAUAUAUCACAAAAAAAAAAAAAUGAAUCAUUUGAAUUACGAGUUAAGAAUUAUUCAAAAUGUGUUUAAUCAUAUAGAACCUAUUUUUUAUAUGUCCUUUUUGAAACAUCCAUUUUAUUUUUCUAAAAAAUUUAAAUUGUUUAUAUCAGUGGGUGCAAAGAAUUCUGCAAAUAUUUUUUAUACAUUUAUUCAUAAUGAAAAUAUAAAUGUGACAAAUACAGAAAAGAAAGUCAACAACAACAAUUAUGAUAAUAUAAAUAAUAAUAAUACAAAUAAUAAUUAUAAUUAUAAUCUAUUAAGUAACAAUAUUAUUCUUAACAAUAUAGAUUAUUCAAAUAAUAAUACACCUAUCAUUUAUCAUUUAGAAAAAUUAAGAACUCAACAAUUUUCUAGUAACCUAAGAUAUUUAUGUGUACAAGGUUUUUUUAAUAUUAUUUCUAAAAUAGAAUAUACUUAUCUUAUUCAAACUAAUAUAUUUAUUGGUACAUCAAUAGGAUAUAUAUUUCAUUACAGUGGAUUAUAUGAAUUUAAUAUUUUUAAUAAAAUCAUCUUCUCAAAAAUUAUAAAACGUGCAGAUGUUAUAUCUACAUAUAAUAUGAACAGUACAAUAUUGUCUUUAAGCUUGAAAGUAAUAUAUGUCAAUAAAAAUUAUGAUGAUGUAAAUGAAAAAAAUAAUAUGUGUGAUAACAAACAUAUUUGUGAUGAAAAUAAUAUUGUGUCCUUAAAGAAUUCUCCUUUUUUCUCAAGAAAUGAAAAUAUAUUAAACGAUAAUAUAUUUAUUAUGAAAGAUAAAUAUAAAACAAAUCACACAAAAUAUAAACCAAUUAAUAUAUUAUUGUGUGGAUUAAAUAAUGGUAUAAUUAUGAUUUAUUAUCAGUUUGAUAUAACAUUGAAAUUAUUAGAACAGAUUCAUGUUCAUCAAAAUGGUGUAAAUAAAAUAUGUGUUAAAAAAAAAAAAAAAAAUUACUUACAAAUAUAUACAUGUUCAGAUGAUCAAUCUAUAAAUAUAUUAAUUUUUAAAAUGAUAUAUACAACAAAUAAUAAAUUAAAAAAACUUAUCUUAAUACAAAAUACAAAAUUUACACAUUCACAUCUAUCAUCUAUUAGAUCCUUAUAUAUCUUUUCUAAUUAUCUAUUAAGUGUAUCAUGGGAUCAAUAUAUACAUAUAUGGAAAAUACAAAAAAAUCAAAACAAUAAAUAUUUUAUAAACAAAAUAAGACAAAUUAAAAUAUCAGUGUAUGAUGUUUCUUGUAUAAAUUCUUUUGUAAGAAAAAAAUAUAAUAUUAUACAAAACAAUAAAAAUAAAAUUAUUGAAUAUAAAGUCUAUUUAUGUGUAUCAGGAAUAAAUGGUAGUAUGGAAUUAUUCCUUCUCAAGCUUUUUACAUAA